GGUAAUUCUCCAAUCAGCCUCAUGCAGGCACUUUAUAAUAUUGACUUAGCCCCUUCGGCUUUCUAGCUAUUUCAAGAGUUGAAAAUAUGCCUUAGAGCCUCGUCGAGAUUAUUAACUUGGAGUGGGCGCUCUUGAUGAGCAUUCUGUGUAAUGGUGGCUUUUAUUCGGCAUGGCAACUAAGUACGAGUAUGAGAUACUACUGUCUCCUCGGCACAUCCGCCUAUUGAGGCCCCAUGGUGGUCAGAAGUCAGAAGACAUAUCAUGUGAAUUGGUCAUAACAUCCCUAGACGACGCCCCUUCUUUUGAAGCAUUGCCGUAUGUAUGGGGUAAUCCGCUUCCUCGUAUGCCAGUUCGCUGCUCUGGGAAAGCUACAGAAAUUAGGUCGAGCCUGCAUAGUGUACUACGGCAUACAUGAGACAGAGUUAUGGUGUCGAUACGCGAGAAUAGCCAUCGAAUCGGGAGAUUUAGCACCUCUCGUACUUGUCGACACCUUACCUCUUGAGACCCGCCCAAUAUCGUGGGUUGCCGAUCUAUCCCGACUCUCCCAAUCGACGAUGAAAGAUCCUGUUAUGCUCUUAUCGAAAAAGACGAGUUAUUCGAAAACAUCCGUGAGGGGCGAAUAUCCCGGCCAAAUAUUUUACAGACAUGACAGGCAGCUCAACGCGUCCAGGACUACGAAGUCAUCCGCUCACUUUUCCGAUGAUGGCACAGUGUUAUGUAUCGAAGGCAUUUCUGUUGACAAGGUGGAGGAAAUGACCAGUAUGGCCAAGCCUAAUUCCGAAGAAGAUGUUCAUUUCGGUGCUAUCGAAAAGAUGGGAUUAAAAUACGACGUAGAAAAAGAUAUGUGGGAUGAAGCCGUUUCAAUAGCAUUCCGCAACACCGAGGGUCGGAGUCGGGCUGAGAAAGUCAGAGUCUGGGAAGAGCACGAAAGCCUGGCUAUUAGAUUUCGACGAUAGCCUCUCCGCGGUUGACCUACAAAAGUACCACGCGUACAGGGAACGAACGCAUCGGAAUUCAGGGGUAAGUACCUUCGGAAAUAACUUUUUCUUCGUCUAGACAGACAGUCGCUAACACAUAUUCCUUAGUGGAUACAAGAGACGGCUGACACUCCCUUCAAGCCUAAUCUUAAAAUGAUAAUGGAAACACAGCAAUUACGUGAGAGUCAAGAUACACUGACGGCUGGAUACUAUUUCUGCCGCACUACCGAAGGACGACUGGGCUGGGUAGCUCCAUAUUCUCAACCCGGAGACAAGAUCUGCAUAAUAUUGGGUUCGAAAUCGCCGCAUGUUCUUCGGCAUAGCGUUGAUGGGACUUAUAAGCUUGUCGGGCAAUGCUAUCUUCAGGGAAUCAUGAAUGGCGAGUAUUUGAAAUACUUCCUUCACGAGAAAGAGGCUAUUAAGACUGGAGGCAGCCCUGCGGGCUGCACAAUAUGCCCGAGUUUACAUAAUUGCGCAUGUGCCAGAUACUGCCCAUUGAGUUACUUUCCUAUUUGGGCCAUGGAAAAAAUUCGACACA